GCAACAACGAAUCCAUCGUUGAUACUCAACGCCUCCACAAUGGAUCGGUACAAGAAUCUGGUGCUGCAUGCAGUUGAGUAUGGUAAGCAUGUGGACGGAUCUCAGGAGCGUAAAGUGGCGGAGGCCAUGGAUUAUCUGUCCGUUCUGUUUGGCUGUGAGAUUUUGAAAAUAGUGCCUGGCAGGGUAUCCACUGAGGUUGAUGCCCGCCUAUCGUUUGAUACGGCGCAGAGYGUGGACAAGGCACUGAAACUGAUUUGUCUGUAUAAGACUUUUGGCAUCCGUAAGGAACGUAUUCUCAUCAAGCUGGCCGCUACGUGGGAGGGCAUUAGGGCGGCUGAAAUCCUGGAGAAAGAGCAUUACGUGAACUGCAAUCUGACGCUGAUUUUCUCCCUAGCCCAGGCGGCGGCCUGCGCCGAGGCUGGAGUUACAUUGAUCUCUCCAUUCGUGGGCCGCAUUUUGGACUGGCAUAUAGCAAACACGGGCACUAAGAAAUUCGAGCCCGAUGACGAUCCGGGCGUCAUAUCAGUGCGUCAGAUUUACAACUAUUAUAAAAAAUUUGACUACAAGACGCAGAUAAUGGGCGCGUCGUUUCGAAAUACGGGCGAAAUCAAAGCAUUGGCUGGCUGUGAUCUACUAACCAUUAGCCCAGCAUUGCUCCAGGAACUGGAACAUGAUCAGAGCGAGUUGCCCCUUCAGCUAUGUGAGGAGGCUGCCAAGCGAGCGGAUGUCAAGAAGCUCUGUGUUUACGAGAAUCGAUUCAGAUGGCUAAUGAACGAGGAUGCCAUGGCCACAGACCUAUUAGCCACGGGCAUACGAAAGUUUUCAUUGGAUACGGUAAAGCUAGAAAAGCUAAUAACAUCUCUAUUCUGAUUAACAAAAUUUCACUUAUAUGUAGAAAACURCAAAUCUAAAUAUUUUGUAAUCCCCAUAAAAUUAUUCAGUCAUAAAUAAAACUUCUCUUCGCCUCUAAGCUCACUGGCUCGGUAAACACACACAUACAACUAUAAUUCAUAGCACAUUGAUAUGAUAAUACUUAAUUGGUAUCUUUGAAUAUGAUGAUGGCAAUUAACACUCAGAUAUUGGCCGCUGAUCGACAAACAAUGUACAUAUAGUGUGAACCAACUCAGUUAACGACAUCUUCUACCGAAUUGUACACGAAUUAACUAGGCUUAGUUUAUGCUUAGAGCUAAACAAUUCAUUUAAUUUUAAUAUGUGGUUUCCUUCUCGGUUCRAGCUGUSUGCUUGUCURCCUGGUCUUAAAACCUAAAUCUAACUUAUCCAUCUAUGUACAACAUUUAGAUCUAUCUUAGGCUUAACACUUCGUACGAUCCGUUUCAGCUUAAAAUCUCAUAUAGCUGAAAUCAUUCGGAUUUGGCCCAGAUGUCACCAACGACCC